CGCGUUCCUUGAUCUUUCCGAGUGCAGCAUUAGCAACAUGGCUGACGUGACAGCGGAGGACGGAGCGAAACUCAGCAAAAAGUCAGUCUGCUGACUGUGAUAGCUCAACAUGCUGCGUGUGGUCAGGGCAGCCAGGCAGCACCUGUGCCAAGCCUUUGAGGUCAGGGGACAGUGGUUAACAAGUACUAACCCAUGUACAGCUGCCGUCCCAGCCCAAAUUUAUGGAAACCGUUGGAGAGGUGACAAAAGUGAGCUGAAGAGACGAAUGAAAGCUGAGAAGAAGGAAGCUGAGAAAGAUGCCAAGCUCAAAGAGCAGGUGGAGCAAAAGAAGGAAUCCAAUGACCAGGGAAUGCAAAAUUUCUUUGAUUUGGAUGAAGAGACGCUUGACCCAAAACAAUACUUCAAGAUCCGCUCCCAGGCCAUCCAGUCUCUGAAAGGCACAGCAGAAGACCCGUAUCCACACAAGUAUCAUGUGGACUUGUCACUAACAGAGUUCAUUGAGAAAUACAAUCAUCUACAGCCUGGAGAUCAUCUGGCAGAUGUUGUUCUCAAUGUGUCAGGUCGCAUCCAUGCCAAGAGGACUUCUGGUGCCAAGCUGAUUUUCUAUGACCUGCGAGCUGAAGGUGUCAAGUUGCAAGUUAUGGCAAACUUAAGGAACUACAAAUCUGAGGAGGGCUUUGUGGCCAUCAAUAACACACUGCGCCGUGGUGACAUUAUUGGUGUUCGCGGUAACCCAGGGAAGACAAAAAAAGGGGAGUUGAGCAUCAUUCCUGUCGAGAUGACUCUACUGUCACCGUGUUUGCAAAUGCUGCCCCACCUGCACUUUGGCCUCAAAGACAAGGAAACGCGAUUCCGCCAGCGCUACUUGGAUCUGAUUCUCAAUGACUAUGUGAGGCAGAAGUUUAUAACUCGCUCCAAAAUCAUCACAUACCUGCGCAGUUUCCUGGACCAGCUGGGAUUUUUGGAGAUAGAGACACCAAUGAUGAAUAUAAUUCCUGGUGGAGCAGUGGCCCGUCCAUUUGUUACCUACCACAAUGAGCUGGACAUGAACCUGUUCAUGAGGAUUGCCCCUGAGCUCUACCACAAGAUGCUUGUGGUUGGUGGAAUAGACAGAGUGUAUGAGGUUGGUCGUCAAUUCAGGAAUGAAGGCAUCGAUCUCACUCAUAAUCCAGAGUUCACCACCUGUGAAUUCUAUAUGGCAUAUGCAGAUUACUAUGACUUGAUGGAAAUCACAGAGAAACUACUCUCAGGAAUGGUGAAACACAUCACUGGAGGAUACAAGGUGACUUAUCACCCUGAGGGCCCAGAGGGACCAGCCUAUGAGCUUGACUUCACGCCACCGUUCAGAAGACUGAGCAUGACACACGACUUGGAGAAGGUGAUGGGAGUCAAAUUCCCUCCUACUGACAGCUACGAUAGUGAUGAAACACGUAAAUUCUUUGACGACCUGUGCACACAGAAAGGAGUUGAAUGUCCUCCACCCAGAACCACUGCCCGUCUCCUUGACAAGUUGGUUGGAGAUUUCCUGGAGGUCACCUGUAUCAAUCCCACAUUCAUCUGUGAUCACCCUCAAAUCAUGAGUCCCUUAGCAAAAUGGCACAGAUCACAGAAAGGCCUAACAGAGCGGUUUGAGCUCUUUGUGAUGAAGAAGGAAAUCUGCAAUGCAUACACUGAGUUGAAUGAUCCAAUUAGACAGAGGGAGCUUUUCGAGCAGCAAGCCAAGGCCAAGGCUGAGGGUGAUGAUGAAGCCAUGUUCAUUGAUGAGACCUUCUGCAAAGCACUGGAAUAUGGUCUUCCACCAACUGCAGGCUGGGGAAUGGGCAUUGAUCGUCUCACCAUGUUCCUGACAGACUCCAACAACAUCAAGGAGGUGCUGCUUUUCCCAGCCAUGAAACCUGACGACAAUAAGCCAUCGGGGCCCACGGAGGGAACAUCUGUCUAAUGGCAACAUGAUCUCUAAGCUGUCCUGCUGUCAGAUCUGUGCACGAGAUGUUGUGAAGUACAAGUCUUUACCUCACUGUGGUCAUCAGGGGAGUCUACGGUUUUUGUUUUAUCAGUGUCGGUCUGUCAAAAGUUUAAUCCUUACUGUUAUUAUGGGAACUCAUCUUGUACACAGUUUCACAAUGACAAAUGCAUUUUGUUUCUUUUUGUAUUUCUUACACCUUUUUGCUAUGUUCUCCUUAAUUGACUAUAAAAAGACAUUUUAAUCCACACUGUCAGACAGUAAGUGGGUAGUUUUUGAUCAGGAAGUCACAUGUGAUCUGAUUUGUAUGCAGACCUGGAGGAAAUAGUUCUGAAUAUACUUUGAGAUCCUUCAAAGGCGUGCUUGAAUCUGGCUACCAAAUACAUGGUACGAAGGCACCAUAAUUGAAAAGCCCAAGCACUUCUAAUAAUUGUUUCAGUAUAUUCAUCUGUUCAUCACCAAGUCUGCUUAUAUUGUCUGAGAUUUUUAAAAACAGGCUCCACAAAUUCUGUAGUCCCUAUCAAGAUGUUUAAACAUGGGUAUGUCUAAAUAAAGUGCAUCUGAAACAA